GAUCACUCGCCAGCAAUCGACAUGGAUCCUCGCGCGUUCAUCAAGCUCUCGGUGAGUGCUCUGGGCGUCCGGGUGCCGCUCGCCUCCAAGCCCGCUAGAACAGGAGUCCACUCCUCGACAUCGCCAUUCUUCUGCGAGGUCCGGCUUCCAGGCUACCCAGUCCAGACCACGCCAGUGCCGCUCGUCUCGCCCACGUCGCCACCCCCGGAUCGCGGCAUCGCCGCCAACUUCUACCUCGACGAGUCGGCUCUCGACAAGCUCCUCUCGCCAACUUCGUGCUUCAAGAGCUCGUUUCCAUGCCUGGAAGUUCUGGUCUACACUGGACGGCAGGGAACUCGGUGUGGAGUGAAAGAAGGGAAGCUCAUGGGGACAUUCUCGCUGCCGGUGAGCUCGCAGUGGAUGGAAGGAAAGCCCAUCCAGCUCCACAGCGGCUGGACGGGCAUUGGCAAGGGGAAUUCCACCGAUGGCAAGCCGGGAGCCGAGCUCCAUCUCGUCAUCAAAGUGGAGGCGGAUCCUCGCUACAUUUUCCAGUUUGAUGGGGAGACGGUGGCCAGCCCCCAGAUCGUGCAGAUUCAAGGCAAGAUCACGCAACCGCUCUUCAGCUGCAAGUUCAGCAGGGAUAGACUGAGCCGAUCAAGGCUGGGACUGUGUGAGACUCCUCGUAGCGGUGCGGGGAAGUGGUCGGGUCCAUUGGGAGGCCAUGAUCACAAGGAGAGGAAGGAACGCAAAGGGUGGCUGAUCAUGAUCCAUGAUCUAUCCGGCUCCCCCGUGGCUGCUGCGUCAAUGGUGACACCUUUCGUGCCGUCGGCGGGGAGUGACCGCGUCAGCCGCUCCAAUCCCGGGGCCUGGCUCAUCCUCCGCCCGGAUUCCACAAGUGGAGACAGCUGGGAGCCGUGGGGGAGACUCGAGGCGUGGAAAGAAAGAGGCAGCAAAGGUGGCCUCGGGCUUCGUUUCCAGCUAGUUGCGGAGAAUGGUGGUGGCGGCACGGCAAACGUUGGGGGCGCUUUGGUCUCGGAGACGGUCAUCAGCUCACACUCCGGGGGAGAGUUCUCGAUCGACACGGCGAGGUUUCGUCCGGCAACGCCGUCGCCGGCGAGAACUCCCGUGCAGAGCCCCCGCAGCAGCGGAGACUGCAACUUCAUCAACGUCGGGCUGCCGGCGUCGGGGGGAUUCGUGAUGAGCUGCACGACGCGGGGCGAGCGGCAGAGCUCCUCCGGCAGGCCGCUGGUUCAGCUGGCGAUGCGGCACAUCACCUGCGCCGAGGACGCAGCGGUGUUCAUGGCUCUGGCAGCCGCGGUGGACUUGAGCAUCGACGCCUGCCAGCCUUUCUCUCGAAAGCUGAGGAAGGAGCUGUCGUGAAAGGAGGAAAAGAUGGGAAGAGCAGUGGGGAUCUAUCUCCAGGUGGUGGUGAGAUUGCGCUGGCGUCUGGCAAUCAGGCCUUCGGUACAUAAAUUUUUUGGACAGGAUCGGCUCUAGCUAGCGAGAAAGGUGUGGUGGUGGUGGUGGUAAGCAGCAGUGGAUGGGGAUAUAUAUCUCUACAUCGUCAGGGAUCAGGAUCGUGCUACAGCAGGUCUUCUUUUUUCCGGGGGCUUUGUUAAUGCUCGCCAGUGCUCAACAGCAGGAACACACCGGCACAAAGUUAUCAUCCAUCGCAGCAGCAGCAGCAGCAGCAAAGGCGAAGAAUUUUGCGUGAAAAGGGAGGUGGUGCUUUCGCUCCACUGGAGAGGAAAGCAUUGCUGCUAUGAUCCUUCACAAGCGGCGGGGCGCAAAGCGAGGAACAGGGGAAAGGCAAGAAAAAAAAUCCAGGAACAACUCGAUUCUGGAAUCGUGAUCGCGAGAAAAAGAAUGGUUUCCCCUGGAUUGGACAGGACUCGAUCACGGAAAAAAUCAAGCCAGGCAGCCAGCACCAGAUAGAAAGAGUGCGAAGAAACCCAAAAAAAAAAAGAGAGAAAGAAUUGAGUGGAAGCGAAUCGAUCAAUCUCGAGACAAUGGAACGAGAUGAAUGAUAGGUGAAUGAUAUUGUUUUGUAAGUA